ACUUGCCUGUGGUUGAAGUAAAACCUCACUGCGCACGCGAUGUUGUUCUUAAUUGGUCACCUAAAACAGUAUGUGAUAUUUAUUCUUACCUCCACAGACAGGUGAGACCCUACCACGGAACAGCCCACCUGAGUGAAUCAUUGUUGCGCCAUUAUAAGAGCCGUGGGAAGUCACCGGCUCAGUGUUUGGUCACCUGUUUGCGCUUGUGGUUGCGCCACUCCAGCCAAUCAAAAGAGGCCUGUCGCCGGCUUACGCACGCUUCAGGCGCGUGCUCGACCCUGUGCAGUAGAGGAUUGUUAUUAAGGAGGUGGGCUGACCCGUGUGGUUCGUGGUCGGACUUCAUCAAGCCACUUUUUUAAGAUCUCUUUUUACCGCCACCUUCGAUUAACAAUGUCGCAUUCUGGUGCACAGAAGGGUAGCUCCCUGACAUUGGUGCUAAUGGUUGCUUCUGCAGCCAUUGGAGGAACUCUUCAAUAUGGCUACAAUCUCGCCAUAAUGAAUGCUCCCACAACUUUCAUUCAAACAUUUAUCAAUGAAACAUUCCUGGAGCGCUGGGACAUCCAGUUGGAGGACUACCAGGUGACUCUGCUCUGGACAAUUAUUGUCUCCAUCUUCUCGUUGGGGGGGUUUUCAGGAGCUCUUAUAGCAGGACCUAUGACCAUACGCUUCGGGAGGAAGAAAUGCUUGUUGCUGAACAACAUUUUCCUCAUGACGGGUGCACUCUUAGCAGUGACAAGUAGAGCUGCCAAGUCUUUCGAGAUGAUCAUAAUCUCACGUGUCCUGGUUGGAAUAAAUGCCGGCAUCAGCAUGAAUGUGCAGCCCAUGUAUUUUGGAGAAAGCGCACCAAAGCACUUACGAGGGGCCAUCUCCUUAUCAUCAGCUGUUUUCACAGCAUUUGGGGUUGUGUUAGGACAAGUGGUCGGACUCAGAGAGAUUUUGGGCAGCGAGCCUUAUUGGCAGUAUCUUCUGGCCAGUAAUGCCAUCCCUGGCGUCAUUCAGCUCCUCACCCUGCCGUGGUUCCCAGAGAGCCCCAGAUACCUGCUCAUCGACCGGGGUGACAAGGAGGCUUGUCUUAACGCUUUGAGGCAGCUACGAGGUUGUGAGGUCCAGAACAGUGAGCUUGAUGAGAUCCUGCAGGAACAGGCUGAAGCCAAAGGCAUGAGGCCCAGCCGACCCUGGGAGCUUUUCAGCGAUCGCUCAGUGCGCUGGCAGCUCAUCUCUGUCAUGAUCAUCAGCAGUGCCAUGCAGCUCUGUGGUAACGACUCGAUUUACUUCUAUGCAUCAUAUGUAUUCAAGGAGGCUGGAAUAUCUGAUGAUAAAAUCCAGUAUAUCACAAUUGGCACUGGUACAUGUGAGUUCACAGCAUGUAUUAUGUGUAACCUGCUGAUAGAGCGCAAAGGUCGGAGGUUCAUGCUGAUGGGAGGAUUCAUCCUCAUGACCAUCUGGGCUGUUGUCUUCACAAUUGCUCUGUGGUUUGAGCACUACAUAUCCUGGAUGUCGUACCUGAGCAUGGCCUGCAUCUUCACCUACAUUCUCAGCUUUGGCAUGGGACCCGCUGGAGUGACUGGCGUUCUGCCCACAGAGAUCUUCAAUCAGACUGCUCGGCCGGCAGCCUACAUGAUCGCAGGUUCCAUGAUGUGGCUCAACCUUUUCAUCAUUGGAAUGAUCUUCCCUUUUCUAGUGAGCGAGCUGAGCGAGUUCUGCUUUGUGCCUUUCGGAGCAGUCUGCCUGUUGUCUGCACUGUACGUCGGCCUGUUCCUGCCCGAGACCAAGGGGAAGUCUCUGUCGGCCAUCACAAGUGAAUUCCACAAGCUCAACUUCAAAGGCCAGGGCAAAAAUUGUGAAUCACAAACUCAAGCUCAGUAUCAGCUGGGUGAAGUGUGUCUCUCCACGGCCUUGUAGACAGACUUUAUUCUCCUAAAACACACAUACCUGAUCUGCUUGAGCUGGAAGAACAUCUUACAGGAACCGGUGGAAUAUUCCCUUUCAUAUGAAAGCAACUUAGAUCUGCUGUAACUCCCUUUUUUGUUGUGUUUUAUAUGAAGAAAAUCUUAAGAAAUUAUCUUUGAUGUCAUCAUAUGUGUACACUUGUGUUUUGCUAAAUAAAAUAUUCAGCCUAAUGAGGCAGGAAACAAAUCCCCUGCUGUGUAAAAAGAAACCGCAGUUGUUUUGAAAAAAAAAAAAAACUGAAAAAAACCCCCACAGUUGUUAACCGGUAUUUCAAACAGAUGUAACAUAUAUCAUAUAUCUUUUACUCAGUUAUAAGUGAAAGUCUUACAUUCAAAAUUCUGCUUAAGGGAAAGCAUCACAGUAUUAACAGAAACAUGUAUUAUAUAUAAGUAAAAGUACUUGGGCAGACUGUGACUGAGAGACAGAGUUAUGUUAUUAUGCACAUUAUAUUGUUGCCUUCUACUAAUGCUUUAAGUCAUGAGCAGCAUUUUGAUGUUA